AUGGCCUCACGUACACCGGACGGUCAGCCGAUUGACCCGGUCGAAAAUCGACGUCGUAUGGCUGCCGGCGAGCUUUACUACUCGUUUACUCCGGAGCUUAUCGCCGACAGGCAAAAAUGCCAGGUAGCUAGGGACAAGUAUAACGAGGUUUCCAAGGAAAAAGUAUCGCGUAGGGAGCUCGUUCAGCUUCUCAACGAGUAAGUAUUUGCAAAAAACCACUUUAUGGUUCAAUCCCUUCCUUGGUAUUAACAGGGGUCCUUCCUAUUGUUUGACCUGCUCCAAACCUAUCUCCCGCCCAGUUUAUUGCAAAAGCAAAUAGUAUCUAUGAUAUCUGAGAACAGUUUUAUUUGUUUAAUAGGUUGGCGGGUGAUUUGUCCCCACUACCGCUGGUGGCUGCCACGGCUGAA